CUAAAAAUAUCUAAAGAUAGAUUUCAUAGUAUUUUCACACCUUUUCAACAGGUCCUGGCUUAUUGGUGAGACAGUCCAGUCAGAUGGGAAAUUAUACAUAACUACACCAGUUGACAUCUCUUAUCUCAUCCUGCCAUAUUUAAUGCAGGCCACCAAAAAUGUUCCUCUUGAUCACUUAUUGGAAGACGACAAGUAUCCAGCCAUAGUACAUGUAUCUAGUCUUGCAGCUGGGAAAGAUUUCUCACAUAUUGCUGACAGGAAAGGAAGUCCAGAUCUGGGUGUGUGGAAGUAUAGUAAAGAGUCAACCUUGUCUUGGUUGGAAGGUCGAGUAAGGAAGCUUUCCACUCUCUUGCAGGAAAAGAAAGUUCCUACUUCUAAUGCCCAGAGUUUUACCUAUGUCCGUGCAAUGAACCUAGAACAAACACAGGUGGCAUACCUAGCACUGGCACAUGGCAUUUUAUCAGAUUAUAUCCCAGAAGAGCUUUCAAAAGACCUCUCUAUGCAGCUCCAGCUACCAGAACCAUCAAAUAAGCAGAAGGCAUUGACAGGUGCAGAGAACCAGCCACCAACAAAGAAGCAAAAAAUGGAAGGUCCUACUGAAGAUUACACCAAGGAUGAUAUCAAGGUGGAAAAGGUAAUGCUCAUGCAAUUUGUGUUUUUUAUAGAUAGCUCAACCUGAUAUUAGGAUAAGUAA